AUGUACAGAGCAACAUCUCAAGACAUUCCAGAAUAUAAGUACAAAUGGCCUUUGGAAAACAAUCAGGGUCAGGUUGUCAUUGAUAUAGACAGUUCGAAAUGGUUAACAGUUGGUCAUUAUUCAACUGUAUUGGAUGUGAAGAGCAACACCAUCGUGGGCACGAUCUAUAAGCUUGACAUUAAAUUUGAUUGGGACGAUCCGUUGGUUCAAAGAAACACGACCGUUUUACAUGUUAAAUGUAGAGAAUACAAUGGAUUGAAACCUUCGAUUCCUAAUGCUGUUACUUUAGGACAGUAUAAGGAUAUUCGUUACUCAAGAAUUGAAUGCUUCUUGAAGAACAUCACUACACCAUUCUUAGAGGGUCUCAUACACUUAAAGUGGUUGGAUCUAGCGAACAAUAAUAUUACUGAAGUUGAGCAGCAUGCGUUUGAUGAUUUGAUUGCAUUGGAAGAGUUAGUCUUAACAAGAAACCCGAUAAAGUUCCUUCCUGAUGGACUAUUCUGCAAUAUGCCCAAAUUGAACUCAUUGAAACUGGAUAACUUAAACCUGACAGGAUUCCCAACUGCUGCGUUCCAUCCUAACAAUUGA